UACCUUUCGACCCAUUGGCCAUCGAACAGUGAGAGAGCACAUCUCACAUUCUAGAUCUACUUGCAAAAAUGGAGUUCGAUCCCAAGACCCCGCAAUACCUCACCUCCGACAAGUCGAGCUUCGCCUCGGUCUCGGCCAACGAGCGUUGGCCGGUCAUUGUCACUGGUGCCAUUGAUGAUCUUCAUCGCACCGUUGGUGAUGUCACCGACGAGGAGAAGCGGAAGGAGGGAAAGACGAUCAUUGAGAAGCUGGCCGCCUUGAAGUAUGAGAUUCAGCAUAAUAGACAGUUGACCCCUCUUGUCGAUGAUGGCCAACGCGAUAUUGCCGACUACAACCGGGAGUUGGAACAGCGGGGGAACCCGACAUGGCUUCAUGUUCCGUGGCUUUUCUCCGAAUGCUAUCUCUACAGGCGUAUCAGCACGUUCUUCGCGCUGUCCAAGCACUGGAAGGGCUAUGAUGUCUUUGCCCGCCAGAAGAUGUCGACUUUCAAGUCUUCUCGACCUGCGGUGCUAGAACUGGCUGCCCGGUACAAGGAGCUGGCUCUGGAGGCGGAGAAGGCCGAGGGUGUGGAUGGCAAGACGCCCGAGCAGAUCGAGCAAGCGGAACGGGUGCUCUUCUCGGAGAUGUGUGAGAUCUGCCUGUGGGGAAAUGCUACAGACCUGUCGCUGUUGACGUCUCUCACCUACGAGGAUAUUCAGAAGCUGCAGGGCUCCCAGGCUCGGAAAGCGGCCGAGAAGAACAUCCUUGUCAACGACCUCAGUAAGGCCUUUGAUGUGCUGCACAAGGCGCGCAAGGAACGAAAAUCGGAGGAGCGCCGCGUCGACAUCGUCCUUGACAACUCGGGCUUCGAGCUCUUCGUCGACCUCAUCCUGGCUGGAUACCUUCUCUCUGCUGGCCUGGCGACGACGGUGGUGCUGCACCCCAAGCUGAUCCCCUGGUUCGUGUCGGACGUCACGCCGCCAGACUUCAAGGAUCUCAUCGAUGCCCUCUCCGACGCGCAAGGGUUCUACACGGCCGCUGACGAGUCCGGUCGAAAGUACGAACCGUUGUCCGAGAAGGAACAGUCGGAGGUGAACUUCCUUUUCGAACAAUGGAGCCAGUUCCACCAGGACGGCAAGUUGAUUAUCCGCCCACACAUCUUCUGGACGACACCCGGAGGCUACUGGCGUUUGCCUCAUGUGGCCUCUGACCUCCACGAGGAUCUGAAAGAGAGUGAGCUUGUGCUGUUCAAGGGCGACCUUAACUACCGCAAGUUGACCAACGAUGCUGCAUGGGACCCCACAACCCCGUUCACAACCGCCAUCGGCCCUCUCGGUCCCAACUCCGGGGUGCGCGUUCUCGCCUUCCGAACCUGCAAGGCCGACGUCGUCGUCGGCCUGCCCGAAGGUGAAGACGAGCGUCUCCGUGAACUCCCCGGCGGCGGCGGCUCCGAGGCCCGUAAGUGGGCUUGGAGUGGCAAGUGGGCCGUGGUGUCAUUCAGCGAUGGCAAGGCCUAGAUCGGUAUAGAAUCUAGAUUUAGACCCGAAGUAGAGUAACUGGCUAGAGGAGUCCCGAUCUAAGAGGAAGCCGUGAGGGAUUACAUAGAUGCCGAGAUCGGUAGAUAAAGGCACGAAGACACCGAACAUACAACGAUACAAGACAAAUUCAAAUGCAAAUGCAGACGCAAGUUCAAAUUCAACUCUCCAGUCCCAAACCCAUCGAAAACCGAACAAACAGACAAAGCAAAGAAAGACCAGC